AUGCUCCGGGUCUUCAUCCUCCAGGCCCAGCAGGUCCCGACGCCGGACAGCGACAUCAGCGACGCCUAUUGCUCCCUGGUCUUCGCAGGUAAGGGGCAGGAGAGGGAGUUGGUAAAGGGGGGGGCUCCUUCCAACGUUUCUCCUGCCGUCUCUUAGGGCUUCGAGUGGGACCUGAAAGGACUUCCAUUGGACCAGAAUGCGGAACUUCACGUGGUGGUCAAGGAUCAUGAAACCAUGGGCAGAAACAGGUUCCUGGGUGAAGCCCACGUGUGCCUCCGGGAUGUCUUGGCCUCCCCCAAUCUGUCCGCCAGCUUCAACGCUCCUUUGCUGGAUGCCCAGAGGCAAAACACCGGGGGGUGUCUGAUUCUCCAAGUCUCCUACACGCCACCGCCGGGGGCAGCUCCUUUCAUCCCUCCUCCGGCCCCUCCGGAGCCAAAUCCGACUCUCCCUGAGCUGGACACGGUGACAGACACGGGGGGAGAAGAAGACAGUGAAGACCAGCUGGGCACGGAGGAGGAAGCCGAGCCCUCCGCGAGACCCUCGGCUCCUGAUCAGCCUUCCUUGCCCAAAAGGCCCCCCUCCCAUGUUCUUCCUGCGAGUAAGAGAAGGAAGAGCACUUCCCGGAAGCUGCUCUCCAACAAGCCCCAGGAUUUCCAGAUCCGGGUCCGCGUCAUCGAAGGGAGGCAGCUCUCCGGGGUCAACCUCAAGUCUGUGGUGAAGGUCACGGCCGUGGGGCAGACCAAGAGAACCAGGAUCCGAAAAGGAAACGGCCCCUUUUUUGAUGAGAGCUUUUUCUUCAACGUCUUUGAAUCCCCCGUGGAGCUUUUCGAUCAGCCCAUAUUCAUCACGGUAAGUGAUGGGGGGUGGGGUGUCCGUGUUGUGGGGUCUGAUCAGUUGUGGGGUGUCCGUGUGACUGAGGUCUCCUCCUUCUCCUCCCCCCACCCAGAGCACUGCUUCCUCCGGAAAUGGCUGCUGCUCUCCGACCCGGAGGAUUUCUCCGUCGGUGCCAGAGGCUACCUGAAAGUCAGCUUGUAUGUCCUGGGUCCUGGGGAUGAGGCCCCCGCCCCUCCCAACCUUGUGGUUUUUAUGCUUCCAGUGGACGAUGCCGUGAUGGACAGCGUCAAGCAGAUCUUCGGCUUUGACAGCAACAAGAAGAACCUGGUGGAUCCCUUUGUGGAGGUGACCUUUGCAGGGAAAACGCUCUGCAGCAAGAUUGUGGAGAAGAACGCCAAUCCGCAGUGGAACCAGACCGUCACGCUGCCCGCCAUGUUCCCCUCCAUGUGUGAGAAGAUGAGGAUCCGCGUCAUGGACUGGGACCGCGUCACCCACAACGACAUCAUUGGCACCAGCUACCUCUGCAUGUCCAAAAUCUCCGCUCCGGGAGGAGAACUGGAAGUGGAUGAUGGUCUUGGCUUCCUGCCCACCUUUGGGCCAUGUUACAUCAACCUCUAUGGCAGCCCCCGGGAGUUCACUGGAUUUCCUGACCCUUAUGAAGAUCUCAACACUGGCAAGGGAGAAGGUGUGGCUUAUCGUGGCAGACUGCUGGUGGAGCUGGAGACCAAACUGGUAGACCACGUUGAGCAGAAGUUGGGAGAUAUCCCUGCGGAUGACAUCCUGAGGGUGGAGAAAUACCUGCGUCGGCGGAAGUACAAUCUCUUUGCCGCCUUCUACUCGGCCACCAUGCUGCAAGGCGUGGGUGACGCUGUCCAGUUUGAGGUCAGCAUCGGCAACUACGGAAACAAGUUUGACAACACCUGCCUGCCGCUGGCAUCCACCACCCAGUUCAGCCGGGCGGUCUUUGAUGGCUGUCAGUACUACUACCUUCCGUGGGGCAACGUGAAGCCCGUGGUGGUCCUCUCCUCCUACUGGGAAGACAGCAGCCACCGGACGGAGGCCCAGAAUCUCCUCGCCACGGCUGCGGACCGGCUGGCUGCCAACUUGGAGCUGGUCUACCUGGCCCGGAAAGCCCAGCGCUCUGCCAGCGCCUUGGACACCCUGGUGGCUCAGAUGCUGGAUGAGCUCAUGACGGACUGCAGCCAGCCCCUGGCCGACGUCACCCAGAAGCCAACCAGCACCCACCUGGACCAGUAUCUCUACCGUUUCCGGACCACCAACCUCAACCAGAUGCUCCAGGCGGCCUUGAAGAUGAAGCACGAAGACUCCGACCUGCAGGCGGUUUUGGAUCAGGCCGAAGACUGGCUCUCUCGGCUCAGGUCCCUGGUGGAGGAGUGUCCACAGGAAGAGGUGGCGGGUCCCAGGAUCCCGGCCCAGAUCCGGGUCCGCCUGUGGCUGGGGCUGGCUGUGGACGAGAAGGAGUUCAACCAGACGGCCGAGGGGAGGCUGUCUGUCUUUGCUGAAACGUAUGAAAACCAAACGAAGCUGGCGCUGGUAGGGAACUGGGGCACGACCGGCCUCACCUACCCCAAGUAUUCGGACAUCACUGGCAAGAUCAAGCUACCCAAGGACACCUUCAAGCCUUCCACCGGUUGGGCCUGGGCUGGAGACUGGUUUGUUAGCCCCGAGAAGACGCUCCUGCAUGACGUGGACGCCGGUCACAUGAGCUUUGUGGAGGAAGUCUUUGAGAAUCAAGUUCGGCUUCCAGGAGGCCAGUGGAUCCAUAUGGCCGAAGCCUACACAGAUGUGAACGGGGAGAAGAUUUUGCCCAAGGAGGAAAUUGAGUGUCCUCUCGGAUGGAAAUGGGAAGAUGUGGAGUGGGACACCGACCUCAACCGGGCAGUGGACGAGAAAGGCUGGGAAUACGGCAUCACCAUCCCUCCAGACCACAAGCCCAAGUCUUGGGUGCCAGCGGAGAAGAUGUAUCACACUAACCGACGGCGACGUUGGGUGAGGCUCCGCAGAAGAGACCUGGCUCAAAUGGAAGCCUUGAAAAAGUAUAAACAGGAGGAGCUGGAAGGGGAGGGCUGGGAAUACGCCUCCCUCUUUGGCUGGACCUUCCAUAUGAAACACCGCAAGACGGAUUCCUUUCGCCGUCGGCGCUGGAGACGUCGGAUGGAGCCCCUGGAGCAGACGGGCCCAGCCGCGGUCUUUGCCCUGGAAGGCGCCCUG